UUUACCGAGUCGACUCAAAAACCCCUCUUAUCUCCAAAAACCUCUGCUUUCUCACUUCCAUUGUUACAACUUUCUGUAAGAGAUAUGACUUCACUUUCCCUCCCAACAAAAUUUUCUCUCUAUCCAAGCAACCCUUCUCUCCCAUUUCACUCUCGCUCUAAACAUCAGAGGAUUCAUUUCAUUAGAACAAAAACCAUCAAGAUAACAUGUACAGCGAGUGGCCAACCACAGCCUGACCAAUUGAAGAAGAAAAAGACAAGCCAGAGCGAAGACGAGAAAGGUGUCGAUCCAGUCGGGUUUCUCACCAAACUCGGGAUUGCCCAUAAAGCAUUUGCUCUGUUUCUUCGCGAGAGGCAUAAAUCCUUGAAGGACCUCAAAGAAGAACUUUUCAAACGUAAUCUUCAAAUCAAGGACAUAGCUUAUGGAUAUGAGCUGAUGGGCUUGCAUAGAAAUGUGGAGCACCGGGUGGACUAUAUGGAAUGGGCUCCAGGCGCUCGAUACUGUGCACUGGUGGGUGACUUUAAUGGGUGGUCACCAACAGAAGACUGUGCUAGGGAGGGCCAUUUUGGCCAUGAUGAUUAUGGGUACUGGUUUGUUAUUCUUGAAGACAAACUAAGGGAUGGAGAGAAGCCGGAUGGGUAUUAUUUUCAACGAUAUAAUUAUGUGGACGAUUAUGAUAAAGGUGACAGUGGUGUUUCUGCUGAAGAGCUUUUGCAGAAGGCAAAUGAUGAAUAUUGGGAACCUGGAGAGGAUCGAUUUGCUAAAAACCGUUUUGAAGUGCCAGCAAAGUUAUAUGAACAAAUAUUUGGCCCUAAUGGGCCCCAAACGUUUGAAGAAUUGGAAGGAUUUCAAUUACCUGAUGCAGAAACAAGAUAUAAGGAUGGGAAGGAACAACAUAAAGAUGAUCCACCCAGUAACUUGCCACCAUAUGAUGUGACUGAUAAUGGAAAAUAUUACGAUGUUUUCAAUAUUGCAAAUACUCGUGAAUGGUAUGAGAAAUUUCGAGCCAAGAGUCCUCCCCUGCCAUACUGGUUAGAGACUUGUAAAGGAAGGAAAGCAUGGUUUAAAAAGUACAUUCCAGCUAUUCCUCAUGGAAGCAAAUACAGGGUGUAUUUUAACACCCCUAAUGGACCACUGGAACGAGUACCUGCCUGGGCUACGUAUGUACAACCAGAGGCAGACGGAAAUCAGACUUUUGCCAUUCACUGGGAACCUCCUCCUGAAUGUGCACACAAAUGGAAACAUACGUCGCCGGAAGUGCCUAAGUCUUUGCGUAUAUAUGAAUGCCAUGUUGGAAUUAGUGGAUCAGAGCCCAAAAUAUCGUCAUUUAAUAGCUUUAAAGAGAAGGUCCUUCCUCAUGUGAAGGAGGCUGGAUAUAAUGUAAUCCAGUUGUUUGGGGUUGUUGAGCACAGAGACUAUUUUACUGCUGGUUAUAGAGUCACCAAUUUCUAUGCUGUUAGCGGUAGAUAUGGCACCCCUGAAGAUUUCAAGCGCUUGGUGGAUGAGGCACAUGGGCAUGGAUUACUGGUGUUCUUAGAUAUUGUGCAUUCCUACUCCGCUGCAGAUGAGAUGGUUGGACUAUCCCUAUUUGAUGGAUCAAACGAUUGCUACUUCCACACUGGUAAACGGGGGCACCACAAAUUUUGGGGUACCAGGAUGUUCAAAUAUGGUGAUCACGAAGUGCUACACUUUCUGCUCUCAAAUCUGAACUGGUGGGUUGAGGAGUAUCAAAUCGAUGGUUUCCAGUUCCAUUCAGUUUCAUCAAUGUUGUAUACACAUAAUGGGUUUGCGUCUUUUACUGGCGACUUGGAAGAGUACUGUAAUCAAUAUGUUGAUAAAGAUGCAAUGUUGUACACUGUUCUGGCUAAUGAGCUGCUGCACACUCUUCAUCCUAGUAUAAUAACAAUCGCUGAAGAUGCAACAUAUUAUCCUGGACUGUGUGAGCCAACUUCUCAAGGAGGACUUGGAUUUGAUUACUAUGUUAAUCUUUCUGUGCCGGAGAUGUGGUCUUCCUUUCUUGAGAACAUUCCUGACCAUCAAUGGAUCAUGAGCAAGAUUGUCAGUACCCUAGUUGGCAAAAAACAACAUGCGGAUAAGAUGCUUUUGUAUGCUGAAAAUCACCACCAGUCCAUCUCCGGUGGGCGGUCACUUGCAGAGGUAUUGUUUGGUGGGAUUGAUGAGCGUUCUUCUGACGCAAAGGAAGCACUGCUAAGAGGCUGUUCACUGCAUAAAAUGAUAAGAUGCAUUACUUCCACAAUUGGUGGCCAUGCUUAUCUUAAUUUCAUGGGAAAUGAAUUUGGGCAUCCCAAGAGAGUUGAGUUCCCAAUGCCAAGCAACAACUUCUCAUUUUCACUUGCUAACCGUCGCUGGGAUUUGCUGGAAAAUGAAGGGGUGCAUCGCCAUUUAUUUAACUUUGACAAGGACCUGAUGAAGUUAGAUAAAAAUGAAAGAGUACUUUCUAGAGGUUUGCCCAACAUUCACCAUGUGAAUGAUACCACCAUGGUUAUAUCUUACAAUAGAGGUCCUCUUCUUUUCGUCUUUAACUUCCAUCCAACGGAAUCUUAUGAGAGAUACAGUGUUGGAGUAGAAGAAGCUGGAGAGUAUCAAGUUAUACUAAAUACUGAUGAAAAAAAGUAUGGAGGUCAGGAUCUCAUUCGGGAAGACCAGUACCUUCAACGAACAAUUAGCAAGAGAGUUGAUGGCCUCCGAAACUGCUUGGAAGUUCCUCUUCCUCGUAGGACUGCUCAGGUUUACAAGUUAACUAGGAUCUUAAGAAUAUGAACAAAUAUUGCAUUCUUGCGGAGCAUAAUUCGGAGAACAUAAGUCGCAGAAUGCUGCUGAUACAUAAGCUCAACAGUUUCUCCAUCAUUUCCAGUAGAAAGUGUGCAUUGAUCGAGUUUGCUGAAACCGAUCUUAGUGAAUGUGUUAUAUGAUGCUUGAAGGAAUGCCCUUCAAAAGAACGUCGAGUAGUCAUGUGUUGGGCAACGGAUAUCUUCUCUCCUUCACGGGAACUUGUCCUGGAAAUGUUAUUGUUAAGAGAAAUUUGUAUAUACAAGACCUUAUUACGAGAGGUAAUUGGUUGAUUCUUAGACAUGUUUCAUAUGAUGAAAACAGGAGAUAGUACACAAAGAAGAAAUGGACGUAAGGAUGGACAUGUCAUAUUUGCCU